AUGAAUCUUAUUGUAGAUGGGAAAGUCGUUUUGCCAGGAAACCUCCUGGCUUUCACUUUCUAUGGCAGACUUUGUAACGUGGUGGUAACGAAAGUGAAGGGGAGCGAUGGUGCGGAGCUGACUGCCCCGAGCGAUGCCAUUUCCAGCGCGCUGCACGAGCCAGACCUUGAGGGGGCUGAGCUGGAGCCAAGUGCGCUGGAUUUGUCCCUGCAGCUCAGCAACAUGGACUUGGAUGAUCCUCCGGAGGCUGGAUCUCUGAGCACACCAAGCAAAUCUAGGGCUCCGGAGUCACCAGUUACACCCGCUUCGGCUCUGGUAGCCAGUGGUCAAGACUCUGGUCGGGAGGAUAAGCCUUAUAGUAAGGAAAAUGCUGCAGACCUCACUGAGGAUUUGGGGCUGAGUGGGAAAGACGGUGGUGAGAGCCUCCUGCUGCCUGACAAACCUGGAAUGAUGAGCAGCACAGAUGUGUUUUAUUUCAUUUCUUCACGAACUAGAAUCAAUUUCGUUGAAACUAGGCCCAGUGAGGCAGAAGAUGGUGAYUGCGAGUCUCGAGUGACCUAUGAUAUGAUAGGAGGCUUAAGCAGCCAGCUCAGGACUAUUAGAGAAUCGAUUGAACUGCCGAUGAAGCAGCCUGAACUGUUCAAGAGUUACGGAAUCCCUCCUCCUAGAGGAGUGCUGCUACACGGGCCUCCAGGAACUGGGAAGACUAUGAUUGCCAAGGCCGUUGCAAAUGAGGUUGGCGCUCACGUUAUCGUCAUUAACGGUCCUGAAAUAAUAAGCAAGUUUUAUGGAGAAUCUGAAUCAAGAUUACGUCAGAUAUUUGCUGAAGCUUCUUUGCGUCGCCCUUCCAUUAUAUUUAUAGAUGAGUUGGAUGCACUCUGCCCAAAGAGAGAAGGGGCUCAGAAUGAAGUCGAGAAGAGAGUUGUAGCUUCGUUGCUGACUUUAAUGGAUGGCAUUGGCUCCGAGAGCAGUGCGGGGCAGCUCCUGGUGCUUGGGGCCACUAAUCGUCCGCACGCACUGGAUGCGGCCCUGCGCAGACCUGGCCGCUUUGAUAAAGAAAUAGAAAUCGGCAUUCCUAAUGCCCAGGAGCGGCUGGACAUACUCCAAAAGCUUCUGAAGAAGGUUCCUCAUUCCCUCACAGCAGCAGAGUUGGCGGAACUGGCCGAUAGCGCGCAUGGAUACGUGGGUGCAGACCUGGCAGCCUUGUGCAAGGAGGCAGGUCUGCGGGCGCUGCGGCGCGCGCUGGGCGCGCGGGCCGCGCCGCUCGACAGCGAGGUGGCCGGCUCCGUGCGCAUUGCCCGCCAGGACUUCCUGCAGGCCGCCAAGGAGGUCAGGCCCAGCGCCAUGCGCGAGGUGGCAGUCGACGUGCCCAAAGUCUCGUGGUCGGACAUAGGAGGACUGGAAGAUGUCAAGCUGAAACUGAAACAGGCAGUCGAGUGGCCGCUCAAGCACCCCGACUCCUUCAUCCGAAUGGGGAUUCAGCCACCGAAAGGAGUGCUGCUUUACGGCCCUCCUGGGUGCUCUAAAACAAUGAUAGCAAAAGCUCUGGCUCAUGAAAGUGGUCUCAACUUUUUGGCAGUGAAGGGACCUGAGCUGAUGAAUAAAUACGUUGGAGAGUCCGAACGAGCAGUGAGAGAGAUCUUUAGGAAAGCCAGAGCAGUGUCUCCUUCGAUUCUUUUCUUUGACGAAAUAGAUGCCCUGGCAGUUGAAAGRGGAAGCUCUUCAGGUGCUGGCAACGUAGCAGACCGUGUCUUGGCUCAGUUAUUAACGGAAAUGGAUGGGAUAGAACAGCUAAAGGAUGUGACUAUUUUGGCAGCUACCAACAGGCCUGACAUGAUAGACAAGGCCUUGCUGAGACCAGGGAGAAUAGACAGGAUUAUCUACGUGCCUCUGCCCGACGAGGCCACCCGCGCGGAGAUCUUCAGGCUUCAUUUUCGGUCCAUGCCGGUCAGCGAGGAAGUGUGUUUAGCAGAGCUUGUUGGGCACACGCAGAAGUAUUCUGGAGCAGAGGUAGCAGCAGUGUGCAGAGAAGCAGCCCUCCUCGCUCUCCAGGAAGAUAUACAUGCCCAGCAUAUACUGGGACGCCACUUUCGGCACGCGUUGGCUGUCGUCACCCCGAGGAUUCCCGAUUCAUUGAUCCAGUUUUAUGCAGAUUAUCAGCGGCAAAGUGGACUGCACGCGCUUUGAGAGGCAGAAUAAUACCUGUGCCCAUUCGGAGUGUGAAUAGCAAAGCUGAGGAAUUGUGUAUUGUAAAUGGAGCCUCUGAAGGUAACUCAGCUGCACAGUCUUCACAAUAAACGCCCGUGUGGGAUCACUGGUGUGAUGGAAGUCCUCAAAGCUUUGUCUUUUGCAAUUUAAUUGGUAUUAGCAGAUGGUUUAAGUCGGUUUMUCUGAGUGUAUGGCUCUAUAUGAAAAAAUGAUUACCAAAUUCUGAAUGCUAUUGUGGAUUUUUGGCCCCAAAUGGAGUAGCAGCAAGUGUCAUGUCAUGGGUGUCUGCAUUUGCCCGCGCCCCAGCCAGCGUUGGUUUCAUCCCGGGGACGUCGCAGCGAGGCGCAGACCUGGGGAGUGGCCUCGCUACAAAAAUGCCGAAAAUUAUUCUCAAUCUCUUGAUUUAUGAUCUCCAGAAAAGCUGCCAAACGGGCUCGCCGAGCUUAGAGCUUUCGGAGAAAAAGCGAAGGUGUCCGACUGCUCGAGAGGUGUUUGUCUCUGCUCCUACAGCUCCGUUUGACACGUACUGUGGGGCAGGCACGUGGACAGCCGUGCAUCUCCAGGCUUCCUA